GUCCAGGUGGCCCCGGGAGGUGCUCGGCUAAGUCGCCCGGCAGGCCGUCGCGGACUGCGCUCCCGCGGACGCGCCCCUCGCUCGCUCGCCCGCUCGCCGUCCCGCGGGCGCUGCCGACCCCCGCAGAGCCGGGCACGGGGGCGGAGCAGCUCCGGACAGCGGCCUUUCCUCCCGGGGGAACCUGCCGAGGGCGGCCCCGCGCUCCUUCCUGUCCCUCCCACCGCGGCCCGGGCUCGGCGGCCGCUCGGCGCGGGGUCCCGGGCGCGGCCCGGGCGACUCUCGGCCGCUCCCACCCCGGCGAGUUCAAAAGGACGCGCGGCGCCCGGCCCUGCCCGCCCAUCGGACUGGAAAGAUAGACUUCCCUACGAGAUAGUCUGCCCUCUGCGACGAUGAACAGCCUACCGGCCACACCUUCUCCUGAAGAAUUGAUGACCACACCGGAUUUUCAGGCCCCUGAGACCCUGUCCCCACAAGCCGAAGAGGCCAGCACAGCGCUCAUUGCAGUUGUUAUCACCGUGGUGUUCCUUACCCUGCUCUCAGUGGUGACCCUGAUCUUCUUUUACCUGUACAAGAACAAAGGCAGCUACGUCACCUAUGAGCCUGCAGAAGGGGAGCCCAGCGCCAUCCUCCAGAUGGAGACUGACUCAGCCAAGGGCAGAGAGAAGGAAGAGUACUUCAUCUAGUGAUCCCCAGGUUGGAGGGGCCAAUUCCUGGUUCCAACACUAAGACACUGCCUCUGUAGUUAGGGAACGUUUGCUCUAAAGCCAGUGAGUGGCACUGAGUGAUACAGGCACAUCCACUCACCUCCCAGGACAUGGCCCCCAGUACCAGCAUCACCAAUUCCAGGGUCCAGAGACACGGAGAAAGCUGCUAAGACACUAGGCCUUGGUAAGGACAGUGCUCACAACCGGCCAACAAAGUGGGGCCAUGCCUGAGUUGGAAGUGAGGUCACAGGCUGGUCCAUUGUCCCCUCCCUAGUUGACUAGCAAUAGCCCCAGUGUAGCUAUCCAGCCCCAGGAGGCUGGACACCACAGGCAGGGGUCAGGCCGGGGAGAUAAUUCUGAGAAUGUUACUGCCUUUGUUUGAUCUGAGCCCCACUGUUCCCCCAUCAAACCUCAAACACUGUUUUUAUCCAAAUUAAACUUAUUUUUCCUUGUUUUCCUUAAGCUUUUUACA